AUGUCACUUAGUCCCGAGCCAAAAAGAGAUGGAGAAUCCUCAACAUCGCCACAGGCAUCCGAUGAUGCUAAUGCAGCACCUAUCGAAGUCACCGUACAUAGUGUUAUGGCCGGCUUGAAAGAUGUAAGAAUCACUGUACCAUCAGAUGCCACUGUCUUGAAACUGAAACGGAUCAUAUCUAUAAUAAGUGAUGUUGCUCCAGAACAUCAGAUACUUAUAUAUAAAGACAAAGAGCUAAGGUGA